AUGACAGAAAACCUCCCACCAAUAUACAACUUUCCACCGCUCUAUACAUGUCAGCCCAACGUUUUGAUUAGGGAGCAACAACUGAAUACUUGGUGCGAUCUAUUAUUAGAGUAUGCUAAGAACAACAAUGCAUGGUGCAUAAACCAGGAGGGUUUUAUAAUGGGGACUUCGGAAUCCAAUAAUAACACUAUAUUCAAAAAUGAAUCAAUUCAGAGAGCUGCACCAGCUCCAUUUAUUGACCAAAUUUGGAGAAAAAUGCUUCAAAGUCAAAAAGUUGUGAAAUCCAGUAGUGGGGUCUAUUUUAUGCUGUGGAGAACUAUCGACUACUGGAGUUCAUUAAUGUUGCAAUGGUUUGAGACUUGUGGAAAGUUAAACCAGGUGGUAACGUUGUAUGAGCUGCUUGAAGGUGACGAGUCUUUAAACUGGGAAUUUCACGGAAUGCAUCAAUCCCUUUGCGAGGAGUGCUUGCAAAGGUUAUGCGAUAGAGGCAGGGCCACGCUCCUGAAAGAACAAAACAAAGUUAUGGGUAUUAAAGUUCUGUGA